CGUCUCUCUCUCUCUCUCUCUCUCUCUCCUCCCCAUUCGCGUUUCAUUUGGCGACAUUCCUAACGUACACCAGCUGCUGGCCGAAUUGGGCGGGGGUGUUUGUCUCGAGAUCCGGCCAUCGCAAUCUUGGGGCGUCGGUUGUGGGGUGGCAGGGGAUGUAUGAGCGCCGCCUUGGGCAGCAUCAUAGUAGGUCGGUGAUCGUGAGCUGUCUGCUGGCGAGCGGCGGCGAUAGAUGCGCCUCUACAUCGAUCUAGGUUUUUCGGGAGCGGCGCUGCUUCUGGUCCUCCUCGUCGGGCCCGUUGUUGCGUUCCUAGUGCACCAGAAAUGGCGUCUGGCGGAGGCGAGGCAGGCGGAGGUCCGGCGGUUGGCGCUGCUCGCAGCGCAGGAGGCCGCCGUCGCGGAGAUGGAAGCCAUGGCAUCCUACUCGGCCACAUCAGCUGCUGGUGUUUAUUCUACUUACGUUGCUAAGGAGCCCUCGGCGCUGCCGGAAUGUGCUGUGUGCUCUGUUUUCGCCGCGGCGAGAUGUUCCCGUUGCAAGAUUGUCAGAUAUUGCUCUGGUAAGUGUCAGAUUAUUCAUUGGAGGCGAGGUCACAAGGACGAAUGCCAACCUCCACCUGUUAGUGAGAAGUAUAAUAGGGAAGAUGAAUUGGGUCUUGAAGGAGUUCAAUCUGAACAGUCUGGUUUAGCGGAGAAGAUGCUAGAACCCAAAGAGGGUACUGAAGAAGUUGAGAGGUUUUCUCAGCGGUCUGCUGCAUCUAUAUCCUCUUAUUCUAUGGAUAAUCUUAAUGGGGUCCACAAUGAAGGUAUUAGUUCUAAGGAUGUUUCUGUGAAGACAAUCAUUUCUGAUUCAUUCUCUGCUCCAUCAAUAAUACCCGCUAAUUUGGCAUUUUCUCAUACCAUUAAUUCUCCUAAUGAUGCCUGGUAUGAUGGCAAAUCACUUCCAAAUAUUGCUGGGGCAGGAGAAUCUUCAUCUUUUACUAGUAGCCUUGGAAGUGUAGCUGACACUGGCAAUGGAGCUACUAUAAUGUCUUCAACUCCUGAACUUGCUAGGUCAAAUUCUUUGGCUAAUAACAGUAUGUUCUCGGAUCAUUCAAGGGAGAUUCCAUCUACAUCUAAAGUAGAGGCGGAUGAUUUGGUUCCUAGUGGCACAUCUGACUUAAAAGCGACUUCAUCACUUGAUCAUGCAAGCAAUGAAGUAUGUGUGAGGGUUGGUAACGGGUUUCAUCCAAGUACAUACUCGAUAUCUGAAAAUUAUUCUCAUGAAUCCUCAUCAUCAGAAGCUAUAUCUAACUUGGAAAGUAAUGGGACUCUAGUUUCAAACAAGAAAAUCUCAAGAUAUGUUGCUAAUGGACAAAGCACUGAAGUAAAGCCCAUAAAUCCCAAAACCACCAGAUCCUCUGCAGCUACUUUAGAUCACUAUUCUACUAAUGGAGUUACUCGGUCUUUUUCACUCUAUGAAUCAUCCUCAAAUGGCAAUGCUCAUAGAACAUCUUCUAAAGUUUCAAGGCACUACUAUUCGGAGUUGAUGCUUUUUCCAUAUGACCUUUUCAUCAAAUUCUACAACUCUGACAAGGUUAAUUUGCAGCCCUGUGGUCUUACUAAUUGCGGAAAUAGCUGCUAUGCUAAUGCAGUUCUCCAGUGUUUGGUAUUUACUCGGCCAUUGACUGCAUAUCUUCUCGAAGGUUUUCAUUCUAGAAUAUGUUCAAAGCAGGAAUGGUGUUUUACAUGCGAACUUGAAAACCUUGUGAGGAAUGCAAAGGAAGGGAAGUCUCCUUUAUCUCCAAUUGGAAUUCUGUCUCAUUUGCAGAACAUUGGAAGUAAGUUUGGUCAUGGACAGCAGGAAGAUGCCCAUGAAUUCUUAAGGUAUGCUAUUGAAGUCAUGCAGUCUAUUUGCUUAAAGGAAGCUGUAGCAAAACCAGAUGGAUUAUUGGCAGAGGAGACAACACUAAUACAACAAACUUUUGGUGGCUAUCUGCAAUCCAAAUUACGAUGUGCUAGAUGCAAGGGCAAGUCUGAACAUUGUGAACGGAUGAUGGAUCUCACUGUUGAGAUAGGUGGCGAUAUUUCAACUCUUGAUGAAGCACUACUUCGUUUUACAUCGUCAGAAACUUUGGAUGGGGAAAACAAAUAUAAGUGUGACAGAUGCAACUCCUAUGAGCGAGCAAAAAAGAAAUUGACAAUAUUGGAGGCUCCUAAUGUCCUCACCAUUGUGUUGAAAAGAUUUCAGUCUGAUAAUUUUUGCAAGAUCAACAAAGCUAUCCAGUUUCCUGAAUAUCUCGAUUUAGCACGUUAUAUGAGUGGCGAUGACAAAUCCCCUGUUUAUCGGCUUUAUGCGAUAAUUGUUCACUUGAAUGUCACUAACACUUCCUCUUCUGGUCACUACAUCUGCUAUGUGAAGGAUAGACAAGGCAUGUGGUAUGAGAUUGAUGAUAGCAAGGUAAAGCCUGUGGACAUUGAGAAGGUUUUGUCAAAAGGUGCAUAUAUGCUUCUUUAUUCCAGGUGUUUGCCUCGUGCUCCAAGUUCUGUGAGGAAAGCGAGGGCUCAUGAGUUUGUACAACAAGCAAGGAAGAUCACAAGGGACAGUAAAGGAAAGCCUGGUGGCUCAUUAGUUUCUGACUAUGGGGAAUACUUAUAUCCAUAUCGAUCAGAUCUCUAUGGUCACCAGAAUGAUUCUGCCAGUGACAAUUCUUCACUCUUCGAUGAAAGCUCCACUUGCAGUACAGUGAGCACAAAGGAGUCGACGACCACAGAAGACUUGUGGGAGCACAUGUCUGGCGAAUCAGACUGUGUCAGCCCCAGUAGCCCCAUGAGAAUCUCUGAGAAUUAUGAUGGAUUUACUCGCUCUCGGCAUUCCUCCAAAGCAGAUGUCACGAUGCCAGUGACAGAUCCUGGACAAAAUACUAGUUCCUCAGGAAGGAAAUUGAUCAGAUGGUGGUAGAGCGGGGGGUCGUUUUUGUAUUCUGACGAUAGUGAACAUAGUAGGAAUUUUAGUGAACAUUGUAGGAUUGUAGAGAUUGACGACAAUAGGCAACAUGAGGGGAAUACUGAUGUAUUAUGGAGAAGAUCUGCACAGGAGCCAACUCCCCAAACAUUUGUUUGAUCCGUUUGGGUUGUAGAGAAAUGUAUACAGGUCUAAUUUCGGCCAUUGCAAAUUAAGUGGAAGGAAAAGAAGAGCCUAGGAUUUUAAUUUA